AUGAAAUUACAAUCAUUGGCAGUUGAGAUAAUGAAAUCGGCCCGUGCAGGUGAAACAUCGUUAGAUUUGUGGAAGGGAUAUUGUGAGAAGAUCAAAAAUGUAGUAGAUAAUCUCAAUCACACCAGUAUAUGUUCAAUCAUCCACUCGUUUGGUCACAUGAGAUACAAACAUACGCAAUUACUAUCAGUUCUGUCUACCAAUCUGUAUAAGAGUGUCCCCUUUUUAACAACAAAACAAAUAACCAGUGUACUGAAAUCAUUUUCACUUUUGAAUUUUAAAAAUGAGUUCAUGAUGCAAAUAUUAUCAAAACAUGCAGCAAAAUUGGCACCCAUGAUGAAUCCAUAUGAAUUAAGUACAUUAUUGUAUAGCUAUGCUUCGCUAAAUUCGUGCAAUCUCUAUGUGUUUUACCCUAUAAAAUGCUCUGUCUCUGAUAAAAUAGAUAAAUUUGGGCCAAAAGAAUUAUCUCUUUUAUUGGGUGGCCUAUGCAAGAUUAAUUGUGACGAUUUGCAACUGAUAACAGUGGUUUCGUCUCAUUUUUGCAAGACAAUAUCUAGUAAUGAUCCAAAGUCACUAUCUUUGUCUUCAAAUUAUUUAUUGCGACUUAAACUGGGGAAUUCGAAGAUAGUUGCUAUGUUUAUUGCACGAGAAAUAAUGAGAUAUAAGCCAAAAUUUUCAUCUCAGGGUCUAUCACUUAUCCUAAAUUCUAUUUCCAAAUAUAAUGACGAUAUAUCUUUGUUCCAAAGAUAUUCAAUGAUAAUCCAGUUGCGAAUCGACGAAUUUAACAUACACUCAUGUUGCUUAGUGGCAUCAGCCGUAUCACGAGCUAAUUACAAAGAAAUUAAGCUACUAGAAGUGUUAGCUGAAAGAGUUGGUAAACAAUCAAAUGAAUUAUAUCCCCAAGCAGUAGCGACGUUGGCAUAUUCAUUUGCAAAGCUUAAUCAUUUGCAUGGGCCAUUGAUGUAUUAUUCUGGCAAGCACUUAGUUUCAUAUCUGGAAGAUUACACGCUUGAUCAGAUUUGCAUGAUUAUCAAGUCAUAUUUUAUCUUACACAUAGAUGACAAGGAAGUGUUAGAGUUUGUCAUAAUUUCUCUUAAACAUAAUUGGUGCCUAGAUAAGAGUGGCCAUAAAUUUGCUAUUAAAAAUUCUACGACUUGUGGAUUGUUAUGGAUAAUGGAGUGUUAUGCAGCGUUUUUGAUCGUGAAUGAGGAUGUAUAUAAAUGUAUGGAACUAAUAGUACAAGAAUUGAGUGGCAGAGUGGAUGAGAUGAGUAGGGAGAUGGCAAUAUGUUUGUUACAUGGCAUGUCAUUUUACCAAAUAAAAGAUCUAAACCUAGUGGAUAAAAUAAAUAAGCACUUGGGUAAAUUAACUAGUCUUAAGGGCAAUGAAAUGAGCGAUAGGGAAGCUAGACUUGUGAAGAAUGCAUUGGAAGUUUUAACAAAUUAA